UUUUAAUAUGUCCGACAAUCAACAGUAAUUAUAUAAUAAACAUUAAUUUUAUUGAUAUCGAAUUUCGUUCCUUCUACGUGUGUGUUUUUAUGUCGAUUUAUGUGCAUUGGGCUUAAAAAUGAUAAAACAAAAGCUGCCAACCCUUCAUCAUUCUAGUUACAUUUCUAACCACACUAGCGACAUCUGUCAGUAAUAUUAUUUUAGAAUAGUUUACUUUCUAUCCUUUCUAUAUUCAACGGCGGUUCAUGUGAUUAUCAAUUCUAACCUAUGACUCUAGUUGGAAUAUUUUUCGUUUUGUUAUUUAAUACUUGCACAUAAAAAGUCAAAUUUUUAGACAGUCUAAUACCGUUAUCAGUUUGGGUUAUAUUACUAUGAAAGUUUGUUCGUUUAUAACCUAAUGUCAACUUUCACAUUUGAAGAUAUAUGUAUAUAUAAUCUAUACACACCAAACAGAUAAUUGUCCACUCUGUUCUAAUAUUAAAUAAAACAUGAGCAAUAGUAUAAAAUUUGCAAUUUUGAAGAAGAUUACAGAGUCUUUACAAAACACUAACAAUGUAAACAUAUCUAGCGUUGCGUCUUGCUUGCAUUUGAAAACACACAAGACCGAAGGAAUCUAUUCUUUUCUAUUGCCAUUAAAAACUAGGCAAUACAAUGUUCAGAAUGAAGUACAGAAUAUUAUAAAUAAUGAUCGAACUGAUAUCUUUGACAACAUUAAUAUAGAAAAUGAUACAAUCUCGUUCAAUGUUUCCAGAGAUAGAUGUGUCAAAGAAGUUUUGGAACAUAACUGUUCAACAGUAUUGGCUCCAAGUUUCGUGAAUAAUAAACAAAAUGUAAUAGUAGAAUUCAGUUCGCCCAAUAUUGCAAAACCUUUUCACGUAGGUCACUUGAGGUCUACAAUAAUAGGAAAUUACGUUGCUAACAUCAACAGCUUUGUAAAAAAUAAUGUGAAACGAAUAAACUACUUGGGCGACUGGGGUACGCAAUAUGGUUUGGUUCAAUUGGGAAUCGACAUGGCAAAUAUUGGUGAAGACGAGAUGAGAAAAAAUCCUAUGAAAGCCUUGUACACGGCAUACGUUACUGCCAAUAAACUGGCUGAGACCGAUUCCUCGAUAUUGGAUCGCGCGAGAAAAAUAUUUAACGAUUUGGAGAAUGGUAGAGGAGUCGCGUAUGAACAGUGGAAAGCGUUUAAACAGUACACUGUCGAGGAAUUAACAAGGGUUUAUAGUAGAAUUGGUAUUACAUUCGAUGAAUAUCAUUGGGAAUCUAUGUACAAUGCGAAAAAUAUAGAGGAACUCGUUACGUUGAUGGAAAGGAUGCAGUUACUGAUAAGGGACGAAGAGAAUCGAAAAGUGGUGAAUUUGGACAAUGAGAAAAGCGUUCCUAUAAUCAAGAGCGAUGGCUCCACUUUGUAUUUAGCUAGAGACAUCGCCGCGGCUAUCGACAGAUUUGAAAAGAAUAACUUUGACAGUAUGUACUAUGUGGUGGAUAAUACACAAGCCAGUCAUUUCUCAAAUUUGCUAGAAAUAUUGAAACGAAUGCAGAUGCCGUGGGCUGAAAGACUGAAGCACGUAAAAUUUGGCCGAUUGCACGGUAUGCGCACGAGAAAGGGUAAUAUGGUCUUUUUGGAAGAUAUCUUGGACAUUUCCAGAGAUGUCAUGAGACAGAAGCAAAUUGAUUCGCCAACCACUAAAACUCGACUAGAUUUAUCUGAUAAGAGCUCGGAUAUAUUGGGCAUUUCUGCAGUGAUAGUUCAUGACUUGAAGAGAAAACGACAACGAGACUAUACGUUCGAUUGGAACGCAGCAUUCGAUUUGAAAGGGGACACUGGCGUGAAGCUGCAGUAUACACAUUGUCGACUAGUUAGUUUGGAGCGCAACUGCGGCGCUGUCCUAACUUUGCAAUGUGAGCCAAGUCUAUUACAAGAAGAAGUCGUCGAUGAUUUAGUCAUAUUAAUUGCCAGGUUCGAAGAAGUAGUACUGAAAUCGUACGAAGAAAUAGAACCCUGUAUAUUAACAACGUAUCUUUUCCAUUUAAGUAAAGCAAUUAACAUAGCUUUCAAUUCGUUGAGAAUAAAGGAUGAAUUGCCUGACGUUGCUAGUCAAAGAUUGCUGUUGUUUCUCGCUGCUAGAAAUGUUCUUGCGCAAGGUAUGAAAUUACUUGGUCUAACACCUCUGGAAGAGAUGUGAAGGCAAUUUGUCGAAUUUUAUCAUAUUGAUCUGCUAAUCUUGAUGAGACUUUGGUAAAAAAAAAACUGUGCAUCUACUUUUCUUAUUUGAUGUCAGACAACUAGUUUAAUUUUCUAAGACAGUUUUAUUGUACAAUGAUGUAUUCGAUUCUCUAUAGCGCCGUUUUAUCAUAUGCAAUGUGAAAAUUACACGAUAAUGAGUAAAAUUAACGUUUGUUCCAAGAAAA